AUGAAAGCCGCUCUGGGUAUCCAAACACCCCGGGCAAGUUUUAACAGCCCGGUCGCCACUGACCGGAGUCGGAUACGGGUUCCGCGCGGCCUAAUCGCAUUCAGUAUGCACGCGGAUGUAAACCGUUGCCGCGGCCGCCGCCGUUCAAUUUACAUAAAUUUCGCAUGCGUACCGGUCGUCGAUCGUCGAAAUUCAUUUCGCGCCGCGGGUUCCGGACAAAAUAUUAUAAUUAGACGGCGGCGCGUGACAACAUUAUUGUGACGACUGUCUAGCGAUCGUUACGUAUACAAAAUACAAUAAUAAUAAUAAUAAUAUUAUUAUUGUAAUUUUGCGCGACCGCAAAAAUCGUACCGACCGAGAGCGAAGGCCACGUCCGAACGACAAAACGCGAUUCGCAGUGGCGUACGAUAAAUAUGUUAUUUUGCGCGCCGUGCAAUUUGUUAAUGGAGUCACAAUAAUAAUGAUAACAAUAUUAUCAUUAUUGUUGUUACGGUUUAGCUGUUCGCGCGAGAGUGUCAGCGAAAUUCGCGUUUAAAUUCUUUGAUUCUUGUGUAUAGACCGUGCAAGGACGCCGUUCGUUUUCUAGCGACGACUCGUCGUCGUAAACGUGAUGUUUUAUUGUUGUUUCAAACACUGGUUUUGCGGCGACAAUUUCCAUGCAAAAAUAUUAGCGAAACGCAACGGUAGAAAAAAGGAAAAAAAAAAUAAAGAUGUGGACAUACUUCGCACGGUGGAUGGGCCACCACUGGUGUGGUUGAGAAGUUGGACAGGUUGGAUAUAAAGGGUAAUUUAAUAUGGUAUAUAUCAUCUGUACGUAACGAUUAACCUUUACUUACAAAAAACGAUUCUGAGUGGAGUUUGGUUACACCCAUGUUUUGAAAGGUCGCAGGCCGUAAUAUUUACGGUUUAAAAAUAAUAAAUUUCUUUAAUUUUCCCAUUUCUCUUACGUCUUCUCCAAUUUAUUAUGAAAAUCAUGGAAAAAUCAAAACAAUUACCUCUCUAAAGUACUACCCAAGUCAAAUGACAUUUUUAAAAAUGCUAGACCUGAAAUGGGAGCAAAAUUUUUGGUAGAAAAAAUUUCACAAAAAAAUAAACAUCAUUGCAAAAAUCACUAAACUCAGAAUCUUAAAACAAAUUCUCGAUUUUGAAUUCUGUUUUAAUAUAAAAGCCUUUUUAAUAAGAGCCGUUUUUCCAAGUUUUCUCCGAUAUCGUAAAAUUUGUAAAUUAUUUUAAACAUUUUAAUGAACACUCUUAAAGAUAAUAUCCUGCUAAUCUACCUCUCUUUACCCGUUUAAGAGGAAAUCGUAAAGGUGCUUUUACAGACGAAAACGAAUUAGAGGGAAAAUCUCUCUCACCAAUAAUAACGCACCAAUUUUUUUUUUUUUAUUUGAAAAAAAACAAAACUCUUUACAUUGUUAUUACAUCAUUGAACUUAGAUGUUGGAUUAAUAUGUAUUCAAUAUCAGAAAAAAAAAAUUAAGAAAUAACAUAAAUUGGAGUUGUUGAAUUUUCUAAUAAUUUAAAUGUUUAAAAAUUUGGAAUUGAAUAUGAUCGACGAAAAGGCUUUCUCUUUCAAAUUAAAAAAUAAUAAUAAUUAACCAUAAAAUCUAAGUAUUCUACGAUCCGUGAGAGUUUUCUCUUUUAUGCUCUACGAAAUUUAAAAUAACCAAAAAUACAGUUUUAAAGUUUGUAACAAUAUGCUUUAAUACCAUAUAUAGUUUGCAGUCUCGUAGGUAUCGUUAAGCACAAAGAUUUUCAGGCAUUUAUUACUGUGGACUUGGAUUUUUUUUUACUACCCGUUAUAUAUAAAAUAUUUUAUGAUGUCUAACCACUCACGAAUAGUUGAGGUUUAUCAACGAACGUUCUAAAGUUGAAAUAUCACUCGGUAGCAAAAAGUUUAUUCGUUUUUUUUUUUGUCUUUUAUACAUUUUUCAUAGCGCACUCACUACCACCCACCAACUUUAAUAAGAACUAAAAACUUUUUUCUUUUUCUUUUAUUAUUUAUACACAUAUAUGUGUAUACAUUUUAACAUUUUAUAUAUAUAUAUAUAUAUAUAUAUAUAUACACAUAUAUAUCGACCGAAAUAGAAAUUUAACACUUUAAUAUUAUUCUAUACAUUUUAAAUGUAUUACACGUGCAGAGCACACAAUUAAUACAAAUUUCUCAUUUCUGAUUUAUAUCUACAGACACGGACCGUUUCCGCCAAAAUCUAUUUUUUAAAGAGACGUUUCCAUCAAUUAUUGUACCUAAACUCUAAAUUAAUACAUUAUUCUAAUGAUAAUAUAAUUCAGUACAAUCGAUAGGUCAAUAAUAAAUCAGAUACAAUAUAACAUACUAUCAAUAAUAUUUAAAUGUUUAAAAAGUACAUAGUAAUACCUAUUACAAGUAAUAAUUAUAAUAAAUCGUUAGAUAUAGAAAUACAAACAUUAGUCGUAUAGUAUACACAAUCAAUAAUUAUGUUUAUAGUACGAGUUUAAAAAAUCAUAUAACUAAAUUAAACAGUUUUAACAAAAGUGUACCUACUAAAUUCAUUAGACUUUUUUUUUUUUUAGUUGCUUCUUCGGUGGUUUUUAAAUGACAUUAAAUUUUUAUAAUAGGUUACAUUGAACUAGAUCAAAAUAGAUUUUAUAUGUUAUACACCUAAAAAAAUGUCUAGGAUAAUGGGGACAGGUGCAGUCACUAUUAAACGAUAUACGAAAAAACGAUUCUGAGUGGAGUUCAGUUUAUAGUGAUGCUUUGUCAACAAUAUAUGUCAUUUCAGAGCAAAAUAAUUAAAUAGGAUUUAUACAUUUUCUUUGAUAAUAUUUGUUUAAUUUUGUACCGGUUUUCCCAAUUUUCCUACGUUUUUCUCGGUUUUUCCAUGUUUCAUUCCGGUUUUUCGCAUUUGCUGACAAAAGUCCUAAGAAAAUGAAAAUUAUCAGUUUCAAAUUUUUUUUAGCGGAAAUGAAAAUCGUAUCUUGUUUUUUUUUGACGGGAAAGGGCUGUGGUCAAUAUUAUUUUAACCACACCUACCUAGUACUUAUAGCCAUAAAUUUAAUAAAAAAACAGUUUGGCGAAUAGGAAAAAAAUAUACCUUUAAUUUUGGUUGUGUAUGUAUACACUUUAGUAAAUAGCCCAAAAUAUUCGACUAUGGAGUAGUUCUAACCCUUUAGGUAUUUCAUUAAGACGCAUCACUAAUAAGGAGUAAUACAAAUGAAUUAUUAUUUAUUAUGCUUGUAGCGUUGAACAUAAACAAAUUAAAAAUUAUACGAUUUUUAAAGUCCGUCGUUUUGUAACAUAUAGAAUAUAGAUAUUUCGAAAUCGUGUUAUUUUUCUUCAUGUGGCACUUAAUAAUCGCCGCACUAACAUCUCCUUAUAUUUCUCUCGAUCCCGGACUAAUUCUCUUCAUUUUCGUACUUGCAAGUUUAUGAAAAUUACAUCUAAUAAGUAUAUGCAUGUAUAAUAACAUAGGAAUAGGGUAUAUUAUAAGUGUAUAUUUUAAGCAUAUAUACUUAAGACCAUCAUCAAUAUUGACAACACUGAUUAAGACAUUAAGACGAAAUUUUCUAAACAAUUAUAUAAAAUAUUUUAUUUUUAUAUCUUGGGAUUUACAUGAUUUUCAUAGGACCAUCCCGUCUUAUAACCAGUUCUAUCAUUUCUAUUUACCGCCAAUAUCUUCUAGUUUGGUCAUCUUCCGCAUUUUAGAUUCUGAGUGGAGCGAAGAAGCUUAUGGUUUUACAAAGAUGUUUAUUUUUUUUUUAUCUGUACCCAACUUUUUACCAGAAGAUUUGCUCAGACUUUUAAGUGUGCAAUCUUUUUUGAAAUGAUAUCGGUGUGUGGAGGUACUUUAGAGAGGUCAUUUUUCGAAUUUCCCGAGACUUUUUCCAGCAAAUAUGAAAAACCGGGAUAAAACAUGAGAGAACCGGAAAAACGUAGGAAAACUGGGAAAAUCGAUACAACAUCAAACAAAUAUUAUUACAGAAAAUAUAUAAAGCCUAUUUAAUCAUUUUACUAUAAUAUGGCAUUUAAACUGCGGACAAUAUCGACUAAACUAUUAACUAAACUCCGCUCAGAAUCGUUUUUUCGUAAGCACUGGUUUAUCGUUGCUUCAGGUAUAAAUUACCUACAACAGUUACUGCAUCCGUCCUCGUUAUUCUAGGAAGUCUUUUUUUAACCACAUCUUCCCAUCGCCUCUCAGUGAUAUUUCCCCUAUUCCAGCACUUUCCUUAUUGGUACUUGGUAUUAUAUUUUCCAUAAGUAUCUCCAACCAUUCGUAGUCUUCCUUUCGAGACAGUUACUAAAAAUUUAAACACAUUUAAUAUUGUAUUUUAUAAAUACGAGUUUGUACAUGAUUUUUUUAACAAUUCAGAAAAAAAAACUCCAUCUAAGUAUUGAAAUAAUUAUCUGUGUGAUGUUUACAAAAGAAGGGAAACAGAAUAUUAAACACACAAUGCAUUCUUUUCGGUGUCAAUACUUUUAGACAAUUUAACAUCAAACGUAUUUAAAAUUAAAAACACAAUAUCCGAAUUUUGGGAAUUCGCCAUUUGACGAAGUCUCGUGAUACUCGAGUGUAUCGAAAAUUGGAGUCAUAUAUUAAAUUAUUUUCAUUAAAAGAUAUUUAUUUGAGAUAUUCCGAUUUUAACGUCUUUUUUUUUUUUGCAGAACGAUGAAGACCAUUUAACGAACAAACGUAAAUACUUGGCCGACGACCGCUCCGACUCGGGCAAGGAUUUGAAAAAAGUAAGGUUAAACGAAUUUGAAUGAAAAUGUACUUGCAACAGUACUUAAAUAUACAUUUUGGAAAGAAACGAAAUUAAGUUAGGUAUAAUCGUUUAGGUAUAGGUAUAAUUAUUUACAGUGUUUACAGAAAACUGCAUAUUCCAUUUUAUUCUUUUGUUUUUGAUUCUGAGUGUAGCGAUGAAUGUAUAAUGUUUACUAAGAUGUUUGUUUUUCGUUAGCAAUGGUUUAUCGUUGCUUACAAGUAUACAUUAAAUUACCUAUAACAGUGGCUGCACCCGACGCCAUUAUCUUAGGACGUCUUUUUUAAAAUUAUUUUUUGAAUACACAAGUACUAGUUUAAAAAUAAAAACACUAUUUUGUAUGUCUUCACAACGCAAUGCAUUGUUAAGUGUUAGCCUCUAAAGUGUUAGCAGAAGAACUCGCAUAUUUCUACCUUGAAACAGGCCGAAAAGAUAGUGUUCACUAUUCAAAUCGGUGCGUUGAAUAUUCACCUUUUUUAAAAAUAUACACUUGAAUUCAGAACACUGCUUUUCUAUAUCGAAGUCCGUUUGUUUUUGAAUGAAAACAUGUUGGUACGAUUAUAUUCACUGAAAAAGGAAGUGACGGAUUUUUUAACCAGAAAAAAAUUAUUGAUUUACCGAAGUCUAUUUUUUUCUUCUUUUUUAUACUUUUUUUAUUCUUUUUUUUUUUAAUUUAAAAAAAUUCUACCAAAAACUUGAUCAGAUAUUUACACGCUGCAUCAUUUCUGAGAGGGAAAGUUGUCCAGGUCCAGGACUUUUAGGAAGUCAUUUUUUGAUUUUCUAAGCGGUUUUCAUACAAUCUGGGAAAAACUAGAAUAAAACGUUAGAAAAAUGGGAAAUUUACAAAAAUAAUGCUUUUGUUAUUUGUUGUAAAUCAGUUUAACAUAUUUUUCGAAACUUGAAAUUUGAAAAAAAACUUAUAUUUGCCUUUUCUAGACAUGGUAAAAUUGUCAAGACAUUUUUGCCAUUUUUUAAGUAUUUUUAUAAAAAUUUUAAUAUUUUUGUUGAAAUUAAUAUUAAUAAAUAUUCAUAUGGACUCUAUGGACUUAAAUUUUGGACAGAAAAUUUAUAUUCACCUUUUCUAUAUGUGGUGAAAUUUGAAAAAAAUUUAAGCCAUUUUUCAGUUAUGGGAAGACAUUUUAAUUUUGUUCGUAAUUUUUAUUUGGUAGGUACUCUGUGGUAAAAUUGUUUCACUAAAAAGAAUGCUUGAAAAUUUAACAGGUUCAUUAGCGUCUUAUUUUGUGGUAAAAAAAAAAUUCGAAUUUUAUGUAUUUUUUUUUUUUUAUAAAGGAAUUUUAAUAAUACAUUUUGACGAAAAUGAACGAAAAUACGUUGGAGUAAAAACUUAUGUAAAAUAAAUCUAAUUUUUCAAUAUUUUUUUUUUUAACAUUUGUAUAUUACCGAUUUAAGAACGAUGGUGAAAUCAGAAUUAUUAAGCGAACUGACUAAGUUUCGAAAUUAUAACUUUUUGAAGUUCUGUUAUUAUAUGGAUAUCAUACGUUAUGUCAAAUAAAUUUAUAUUAUCUUUCAUAUAGCAUAUUUGGCGUGAUCUAAUGGUUAUACAAGCCUAUUAUCAUCCUAGGGGUUUCCAGAGAUCAAAAAUGGGAUUUCAAACAAUAUUUUUUCAAAUUUUUUUUCUCUUUUUUCCUAAACAAGGAAAAAACAAAUACAUUUUAGGUGUACCUAGACACCCAAGUCAUCGUUCGCUCGGACUAUUUUAAUCGCAAAAUACCUCUCGAUUUGUUGUGCAAACGUUUCUACCAAAAAUCUUGCUCCAAUGUAUCAAAUAGAGCUUAUUUCCUGUCAGUAAAUUAUAUCUCCAUGGUAAAUUAAGGAGGAAAAUUUUUUUAUUUUUCAAGAAGUUUUCAUAAUAUCUGAGAAAAAUUGGGAUAAAAUGUCGGAAAUUGUACGACAUGUAUGUAUUAGUAAAAAUAUAUUAUGGCCUUUUUUUUCUGUGUACAACUUAUCUAUCAGUAAUUUUGAUCCGGUUCACAAUGAUAGCAUUUUUGAAAGUUAAUUUGACUGGAAAGGUACUUUAAAAAGAUCAUUUUUCGAUUUUCUUCAGAGUUUUCCCAGCAAAUAUGAAAAAACGGGAAAAUAAUACAAUAUUAAACAAAUAUUAUUAAAGAAAAUAUAUGAAGCAUAUUUAAUUAUUUUACUAUUAAACGGCAUAUAUAUUGUUGACAAAGCAUCAUUAUCAACUGAACUCCUCUCAUAAUCGUUUUUUCAUAAGUAAUGUUUUAUCGUUGCUUACAAGUAUACAUUCAAUUGUCUAUAACAGUUGCUGCACCCGUCUCCAUUAUCCUAGGACAUCUUCUCUUUUUUUUUCUUUUUUAAUAAAUUCUGAAAAAUUUAAAUUGUAAUUAAAAUUUUAAUAGUUAUCUUAAUAUAAUAACAUAUUAUACGAGGGUUGUCCCAAAAGUAAUGCACAGCGCGCUCUAGCUGUUUUGCAAUGUGAUAUUAUCAGCUGAUUUUAGUAUCAGUUUGUAGCUUGAAGUCUAACGAACACGUGCGUUUUCAGUUUUAGUUGUUUUAGUAAAGUAUGAUGAUGUGUGAGAGCGACAACUAAAGUGAGAACAAUUCGUCGGCUCACAUUUCUGUUUUUGAGCAACGUGCAUACAUUAAAAUCGAAACGAUUCGUGGUAAAACAGUGCCUGAAAUUCAUGCCGCGUUAAAUGAAGUGUGUAGAACGGAUACUGUGGAUCGUAGUACGGUGCAAAGAUGGCAUCAGCGAUUCCGUGAUGGUCGUAUAAGUAUUGAUAACAACCCUCGCUCUGGCCGACCCUCUACGGUUACUCAAGACAACACUAACGCGGCUAUUCUCGCAACUCUACUCGAUGAGACUUGGAUCUGUGAUUUUGAGCCGGAAUUAAAAUCUCAAAGCAAUAUUUGGAAGGGAAUAACAUCACCAAGAGCAAAAAUGGUUUGUCGCCAGCAAACAAAGGUGAAACAAAUGAUGAUUUUUGCUUACAUUAAACUUGGGAUAAUUGUCACUGAUCGAGUUCCAAUUGGCAGUAGUGUAACCGGGGAUUACUACAAAACAUUCCUUGCCAAAAAAUUUCGACCAGAAAUCCGUAAAAAGCGACCAGGAAUGUUACAAAAUGGUGUGUCUAUAUUGCACGAUAAUGCGCGGCCACAUAUCGGAGCACCAGUCGUCGCUCUUUUGGAGAAAUAUGGAUGGGAACGCCUCAAACACCCACCGUAUUCGCCGGAUUUAAGUCCCCCGGACUUUGAUUUAUUUCCAAAACUGAAGGAACCACUUAGAGGGAUCCGUUUUCCCAACUUAGAUAUACUAAAUGAAGAAGUGAGCCGAAGGAUCCGUGAACUCAAUAAAGAUGGCGUCCUAUGCGGCAUUCAAGCGCUCCCGAAACGAUGGCAAUCGUGUAUAGACAAGCAGGUAGAUUAUAUCGAAGGUCUAUAAUAUUGUAUUUAGUUUAAAAUAAAAACUUAUUUAUUCAGAGCAAAUUGUGCAUUACUUUUAGGACAACCCUCGUAGUAUUUUUUGUGGAGUACAUAUUCAUAUUUUAUUUCCACCGGCACGGUAAUUAAUAUUUAAACAUAAUAAUAAUAAUAACAGAUGUUUAUCGAAAAAAAAGGUUUAUCAAAUAAAUAAUUGUUUACAAUUAAAUAACGUAACCUUCCGUUUGUUUUUUAACUUUUUUUUUUUUAUGCAACCAAGAAUGCAUGAAGCGUUUACUAAUUUUCUCGAAUCUCUACAACCAUCAUCGUUAUUGCAUAUCUGUGAUACUUCCCCACAGUGAAUUCAACUGUUUUAUUUAUUUAAAAUAUGUUUACUCCCGGAACGCUUGAGUGCAGUUGAAAACACCAUAAUAAUGUUUCAUAAAUAAGUUCUCGUAAAUUUCUAUAAUUUUUAUUUUAGUUUAUUCAGUCUCUAAGAACAAUUUGUGGUCUCAAUGACAAUCCCCCAUGCAGUUAUUCGUCGUCAAAAUCUUUCGAUUCGGGCUACCUCCUAAAGCAACUGCGUUCUUUUUUACUGAGAGUUCCCAUCACCUCGUCCCUUAGUCUUCCCAGAGGUAUUUCCCCUAAUAUAUUAGGUUUAGCUGUUUCAGCACGACUGGUAGUAGUGAUGGGUUAUGACUUCUCCAUGCAAAAAGAAAGACCCCUUUUUUUAUGAUCUCUAAAAUAUUAUUUUCUCCGAACGUUAUCCGUAAAGGUUGCCUUUACCGGUCCAGAGAUCUUUCGUCAUAUAUUUUUCUUAAGAUAUAUUUUAUUUGCCUUCGUUUACCUCGGUGAUAAAGUUAAACGAUUCCAAUACCUAUAGAAUAUUAAAAAAAUAAAAAAAUUGAAAAAUUUACGACUCCAAGAAUAUAAGAAUCUUUAAUAAAUAAAAUAAAAAUAAUAAUAAUAUACGAGUAGGAUGUUUAUUUUAUUUUUAGAUUUUCAGUGGGAUGAGGAAUGUACGAGUAUUUAUGAUGUGCGCGGAUUUUUUUUUUUUUACCGUGGACAACCUUUUUACUGAAAAGUUUGGUUCAAUCGAAAAAUAACAUGUUUUGUUCCUUUUUCUAGUCGGUGCAUUUAGGAAGUCAUUUUUUUUUUAUUUUCCAAGUGGUUUUCAUAACAAUUGGCAAAAUCGUAGAAAAACAUGAAAGUUUACGACAAUUAAUGGUUUCAUUAUUUUAGAUACUCUCAAAAUUUAUCCAUUUUUUAUGCACAUUUAUAAAUGUAAACUGUAUAUGAUGUAACGAUAUGUGUCGAUAUAAAGUGUGUCAGUAUAAAUCCGUUGAACGAUUGUAUCUCAUUCAAAAAAUCAGUGACGUAUACAUAACUUUUGCAUGGUAGAGAAGAAGAUUAAUGGCAAAUAAUUUAUUUUAGUUUAUUAUAAAUAUACGUUAUGUACAAACAAAAAAAUCAAUGGGACAGGAUGAUCUGAUCACAAAAUAUUUUAUACGCCCCCUUGUUCGCCAUUCACUUCGGAGACGCACAUUUUAUCCUUUCGAUUUAUAGAUUAAACAUUAAUUUUGAUAUUUACUUAUUGAUGUUUGUUUGCUAGCACACAUGUUUAUUUUCCCUCGAGGUUUCGCUUUGCCGUUGCGUUUUCCCGCGACGGCCAUGCCUAUAAUACUUAACGAAAUAAUCUCGCGCAAGUUUUGACUGUUAACUGUUCCGGAUUAAAAUAUAUUGUUUAUCGUACAUCAUAUCGCAUCAUUUUUGUAUGAUGAAUUCAUUGAAAGUUUACGUUUCAAUUAUCAUCGCACAUCAUUCAAAAAUAUAAUACGCUUGUAUCUAUAUACGGAAUUUAGAAGAAAAAAAACUGUAGCGCGAAAAAUUAUAUUAGCGCUGUCCAUUAAAAUGAAUCACUCGAAUCUUCUCAAUCGUCUAUCAUCAACGCGUGUUUUAUUAGAUACAAGAUAAAUAACACACUUUUAUCUAGAUGAAGAUAAAAGAUUUAAAAUUGUUUUCAAGAUAAAAAUAAAGAAAUUUUUUUGUAUGUUUCAACACAGAGUUAAGUAGAGCCAUAUGUUAGAAUGUUAUCGUUUAUCAAUUAAAAAGUAUUAAAUUGAAUGUCAGUAAAAAUAGCCAUAUCCUUUCCUUAGACGGGUAUCGAGCAGUAGAUUAGUAGAACCGUUCUAUCAAUAAGAUGAUUAUUGAAAUGUCAAAAAAAAUUUUCAAAUUUUACAAAAUCGAAGAACAUUUUGAAAACUGACACCGAGACCAACACCAAACAAUAUAAAAGUGAUUAAUAGUUUACUUAUACAUCUCUUAUAAGUAUCUGUAAAAACAAUUUUCAUUCAAAUGUUUUGUAGUAAAAUCAGUAAUGUUUUGCUUUUUUAAAACUACGAUAAUAUUUAAAUUAUUUCGAUGUUUUAAAAAAACUUCUUAAUAUAAAGAAAAUAAUAAUAAAAUGUUUUAUACAACAAUAAUAUUGCAAUAAAUUCCAAUUAGUUUUAAACGAGUUGUAUUAUAUAGUAUUAUUAGUCAUUUUUUUUUUGAUUGUGCGUAUUAGGUUAGCACAACUACCAAAAAUUGACAAAAAAUAUAACACAAGUUGUCUGUUUUGCUCAUUUAUUGAGAAAACUAUAAAGGAAAUUAAAAAAUGAUCUCCUCUAAUGCACAAACAAAAAUUAUAGUAAAACCAAUAAACUUAAAUGAACAUAUUAUUCUAAUUUUUCAAAGAGCUUAUUAAUAGUAUAAACCCGUUAAGUCUACUGCACCUGUAUGUCGAUACAUGAUUAUAAUAAUAUAUCAUGAUGUCCGCGUGUAAAUUCGAGAAUUUAAUAAUCUGCAAGUUUUGUAUAAUAUUCAUAUCCUAUAAUAAUAACAUUAAAAUCGACGAUGAAGGUCAACAAAUUUCGUAGGUACCAGUACGUAAGUACCUAACUCGUGUGGCCUUUAAUUUUUGUCACGGACAGUUUUACACUAAAUUACACUGAUUUCGAAAUAAACGAACAAUGAAACUGCAUUUCGAUACGUCGGAAUACGAUGCUAUUUUGCAGUACCGAUACACGUAGUAAUAUAUUGACAAUGUCUAUUCUAGAGAUAGUAUAGGUUAUUAUUGUUUCAUAACAUACGAAAAAAACGCCCGUUCUCGUUUGCAUCGUACAUUUCAAUACAUAUAUAAAGUCGACACUCUUCACAUUUUCCACCGUGGCGCACACAGAAAUACGAAUACAAUAUAAUAUUGCACCUGCAAUUGAUAAUAUGCUUACACUAAACGCGAAAAAUGUCUGAACUAUAUUUCAUUUAAAUACAUUAUAAUAUACGUACCCAAACGUACGAGUAGUAGCACGUUGAAAAAUAAUGCUAUGAUUUUUUCUAUUUGUUUUUAUUUAGUUCCCACCCCUCCCCCCUAUCGUCUUUGUAUGGAUUAUGUAUUUAUUAUGUUUAUUAAUUUUUAUAACUAUAUUAUUAUGGUUUAUGGAUGCCUUUUUAUCAGCUAAAAAUUUCAAUUUCCCCUCUCCUUCUUCUGACCAUUCAAAAUAACGGUCGCACCGGUUUUCAGUUCUGAUAUGAAAAAUAUCAUGUAUGUUUUGUAUCAAAAAUACUCAAUAUUGUAUUUAUAGUUUAUGUAGGUAUGAUAUAGUAGGUAUAAUAUGAUAGAUGGUUCAUAUUCUCUGCAAUAUUUACUAUGGCCGACAAUUUUUAUCAAUGAAUAAUAAAUAAUUUUAAAAAAAAACCGAUUUUACGCUUGAACAACGUAAUUACCGUCAGAAAAAAGAUUUAGUAUGAUUACGUAUACCAACAAACAUAAUCGUUCGAAUUUUUCAGGCCAAGUUGGAAACCAAAGCUUUGAAAGCCAAACGCCCUGGAUUCACAGACGAACGAUACAACGAGACAUCUUACUACAUCGAAAACGGUAAGAGGAAAAAAACAAUAGCCGUAAGGUCGAAAGUAGUCCUGCUAUAAUAUUACUUUAAGAACUCACCUGAUUAAAAUAUUGUUCAACGUUGUUUUUUCGUUAAAUUUGUAGGCUUGCGAAAAGUCUAUCCGUAUUAUUUCACGUUUACUACGUUCACCAAGGGCCGAUGGGUAAACCAGAAUAUACUGGACGUGUUCGCCAGAGAGUUUAGAGCACAUCCCGCCGAGGAAUACGUAAGUAUAAUUUUAUUAUUUUCAUCGCGGGAAAUCGAAAAUAGCAACAAUACAUGUUAUAUUUUGUAACUUAUUAAUACUUUAUUUUCGUGAUUUCGCUGGCACUACUGUAGGAACGUUGCAUAAAAACCGGUUCGUUGACGGUAAACUAUCAAAAAGUGGACACAGAAUACAAACUGAAGCACAAUGAUCUACUGGCUAACGUGGUGCACAGGUUAGACCUUUUUGUUAUUUUUUAUUUUUCACCCUUAAAGGAAAUAUAGGGUGGGACAGUAAAAUGGACGAUGUAAAAAUAAUUAUCGGUGGAACUGUACGAGAUCGAUUGAUGCAAGUGUACUACAAUGGAAAAGUUACGUUCUUCAUACCUAAGCAUUUUUUUUUUAUCGGAAACUUUGUGAUACAAUUAGCUUCGAAAAUUUAUUUGGUAUGGUUUACAUAACAACAUAAAAGAAAUACAAAAAUAAUUUUCGAUUUUAAGACCAGACUGGUUGAUAAAGGAGAUCAGAGAAGUAAUAAUAAUUUAUAUUAUUUGUGAUGAGAAAACUAGACUGAACAUUAAAAGGGACAUUUUAAGAGGUUAUUAAGGUACAUAUUACGUUGAAGAGUAAAAUAAGGACAAUGGAAGAGAACGUGAGUGAUGUCACUGAUUGCAGCAGCCUUAGUAUGAAGCGAUUACCUUUAAUUAGUACCUAAACAUUUUAUUAACCAUGAAUCUUUAAAUUAUGCAAAAAUACCUUGCGUUCGCUACAAAAAUUUAGGUAAGAUUUAAUCGGUUACCGAUUAAUUUCUCGUAAUGAGUAUAUUUCUUGUGACCGUGCCCCCUUCCCGUCCAUUGACCGCCCGAUUUACCAACUUAAAAUUUUUUUCUACAAGAUUAUAUUAAGAUUAGAGUACACCAAAGAACGCCAGGGGCGAUCUCAAACAAGAAUGCGAGAAGAAGCCCAAAUCUAUCGGCUUUGACGAAUGCUUGCUUCGAGAACGAUUAAAACGAAUAAAAAUCUAAAUACAAAAUUAACGCAUUCUUAUUGAAAUUUUACGUACAUUAAGGUGAUAAAUUAGUUUUAAAGACUUAGAUUUAUUUUUAAAUCGUCGUUUUCACUGCCCUCCUCCUUAGUUUAUCCGGCUAUCGCUAUACAUUAUUAGUACUUACUAUAAUUAUCCAGUACUAAGGGAAAUCGAUGAGGUUAGCUAUAGAAUUACACGUGUCACAUUUAGAGAGGGGUGAGGGAAUCUUCUGUUAACGUAUUAUGUUAUAUGAAAGAAAUGGUUAGCCUAGAAAAAAAAUUAAGUCGACUUUGUGCAGCGUACAUACAAUGUUUAAUUAUUUGCGUGCGUGAGUGGGAUUUUAAUGAAAAAGUUAACAUAAUAUUAUUAUUAUAUUCCAAAAAGAUUGUCUUUUUUUUCGACCUUUGCGAUAUGAAUACCGCAUAUUUUUAACAAAAAGACGUGGGAAAAAAAUCACAUUUGGUUUUUACAGUGUUACAGGGCAGUUCGUAUAAUGUAUGUUACAUAUAAUAUUAAAAAUUCUGAGCUGAACAAAAACGGCGUAUAACUCCUCUCCAUUUUCGAACUGCAAUAAAUACGGCCCCUUAAAACUUUUUUUAUAUUUAGAAAAACCAAUAUAAAUAAAAACGAAAAAAUAUAUUACUGCUGGCAGAUACCUUGCUAGUAUACUUAAUGCAGCUACUAAACAUAUUAUAUCUACUGCAUAUAAAAUAAUAAUAUACUUUUUUUUACUAUUUUGAAAUUGUUUUACUUACUAUCCUUAUACACUUUUAUAGAAAAACUGUUUAUAAUCUAAACACUUCCUAAAAUAAAAUACUACCUGGUGAAAUAUCCGCAUUUUUUUAUGCGAAUAAUUAUUUGGCUUACCAAAAAAAUGUUUUGAAAGAAAACAAAUACUUAGAAAGCGAUUUUUCGGAAAAAGUAUAAGGAAUUUCGAAAAUUGUAUCGAAUAAAUAACCAUCAGACGAAACAUUCGUAUCUCCUAAGAUACGGUAUGAAAAAAUUGAUACUACUUUUAUAAGUCGAAAAGAGGUUUUCUAUCAUAGUACAUCAUUAUAGUAAAAAUAAAAUACGACGUCCGUAUAUUAAUGUAAUAAAAAAAAAAAAAAAAUGGCUCAAACUAUUAUCGACCGACCAAUGCACAAUUAAUUCGAAUUGAUUAUAACAUAAAUUAAUAUAGUCGUUUUCAUAUAUAUAUAGUCUCUGUCUAUAUACGUAUACUUUAAUAAACGACCGUGUUAUUAUAAUCAUUUAAAAUCUCUUGGUAUUUAUUUUAAAAAUCAUCCAAUUACGCGAUUUGUUUUUUUAUUUUAAUUUUUUUUUUUUGUUAUAACGACGACAGUCUUAAUUCAUUGUUUAAAUAUAGUGCGCGCCAAAAUUAAGAAAGUUUUUUUUUUCGUUUUUUCUAUGCAAUAAUUACUCGCGGUCGUUUUAAUGUUAGGAAUUAUUAUAUGGUUUUCUUUCUCUCUGUCUCUCUCGACGUUCCAUGGUAUAUUAAAUCGUCGAAUUCGAUAAUAAUGAUGAUAAUAUAUUAAUUAAAAUCGCGUGGUCACUGAACGCGAAACGGGGAGAUCGAUUAUAAUACGCGUACAUAUAUAAUAGGUACAUAUUGUUUCUGAUACCCUCGAAAAAUGUCCAAAAUUGUUUUAAAAUACCCGUCAAUCAUGAACAGUAUAUAAAUCAUAAUAAAAGAAAACGGCAUUCCCCGCGGUACUAGCUCUUUUUUCCGUUGCUCCGGGGCAGAAUAAACAUACAUAUACAUAUUAGGUUAGGUACCUAACCUAACUUACACAGAGGGAAAAAAAAAUUUAAAUAAAAACUAUAGGUCCCAUGCUUUAUGGAAAAACUCUCAUGCCUCGUCCAAUUUCGAUGAUUAUUAUUUAUUUGUUUUUAUUUUGGAAAGAGGAAGACUUCCUGGGACCGUAUUGAACUCUUUUUUUCAAUAUUUUUAUCUCAAACUGUAUUGUUUGUCUUUAAAAAGGUCAAUUUUUAACUGUUUUUACAAACUUUUUUUACCAUUAUUUGAAACCAAAUGAAAAAUCAGAGGUUAAUGUGGUCCCAUAGAAUAUAAUUAUCGAUUUAAAAAGAAAAAUUAGACAAAUAUUAUAUUAACAAUGAUUUAUUUAUAUUCCCGCGUGAUCAUUAUCGUCCGUAAAAACAAUCGUACCCCUUCCACCUAAAUAUGUCUCGGACAAUAGGUUAGUGGAUAAAUAUUAUCUUUAAGGUGAUCAAUAUAAUAUUAAAAAUAAUAUUCGAAUUACACAAAAUUUAAGAACAUUUAGAAAAAUCUGCACUUGUCCCCUUAAUAGCAUAAUGAUCGAAUCUAGGAGAGUUAUUCAAAAUGUCUAACAUAAAUAUUUUGUUAGCCUCAAUUAUAACACUUUUUCAUUAAUCAAAUAUAGCCUAAAAAUUAUUAUAAUAUUUAAUUUCGACCAUAAUCUUAAUAUAAGUCCGUAAUAAUAUAACUUUUUUUUUAAAUUUCACCAUUUGAAAUAUAAACCUUCGUAAACAGUGGUUGACUAUUUGGGUGAAUACUCCAGUAUUCCACUCAUUAAAAACAAUAUAAUUUUAACAAAUUUUUUGUAGACACGAAGUACCGGUGACCAACGAACCCAUCACAAUUGUUCACAUGGACGACGACAUCGUGGUGGUCAACAAACCAGCGAGCAUUCCGGUAAGUUGACCUGUAUACAAUAUUAUCAAAAAAAAUAAAAAUAACUUUAAGACAGAUCAAAAGUCAAAAACUAAAAAGGCUUAUUUUGCUGAUGGAUAUGCCACUGUUUUAAGAGAAAAGUUGGGUGUGUAAAGUAGUUUAAUUUAUAUCCGUACGCAACGAUGAACUAAUUAAAAAUGAUUCUAAGUAGAAUAUUAUUAGUUGUCCUUUCCCUUUUUUCCAGUGUUACUCAAAAUUAAAACUAAGUAUACUUAAAAUGUUCAGUUUUCUCAUUUAUUAAGGAUAAUACAAGGAAAAUAAAAAAUAUCCCUCCUCCCAAAUUCACUAAGCAAAAAAUACUAUAAGAAUGUUACUACAAAGUUUUUAAUUGGAGUAAAAUUUCUGGUAGAAAGGUUAUUUAUACACACAAAAUAGACUCAUCAUAGUAAACCCCAUACUUUCAUUGUUUUGCUCAGAAUAAAAAAAAAAGUAUAAUCAAAUUCCAAGUUAUUACCUAUUAUAGUUAUAGCGUGGUAAUAUUUCGUUAAAUUUUUGUAUGUAGGGGUAUUUAAAACCCUGUUUUCUCAGUGAAAACAUGAAAUUCGAGCAUAAAAAUGUUUAAGAAAGGAGAUAAAAGUUGAAACUUCCAAAAGGCUAAUCCUUAUAUCAGUACUUACAUCAUGUAUUUUUCUUGAUAAAACGCGCCCUCUAUCGGACAGGUGCAUCCAUGUGGCCGUUACCGGCACAAUACCGUGGUGUUUGUGUUGGCCAAGGAACACAAUUUGAGGAAUCUCAGGACUAUUCACCGUCUGGAUCGGUUGACCAGCGGUCUACUAAUGUUUGGUAGGACUCCCCGGUACGCUCGCAUCAUGGAAGCCCAAAUUCGCAACAGACAGGUGAACAAGCAGUACGUGUGCCGAGUUGAGGGCAAAUUUCCCGAGUAAGUAUAAUAAAUAAUUAAACUUAUGAACGAUAACACGUUUUUUUAACAUAUGUAUAAUAAUUAUUCUACCACCAUAGUUAUAGGUAAGUCAUAGGCGUAUGACCCUCUAAAUAUGCUCUAAACAGGCAUGAAAUUCUUAAAAUAUAAGAAAUAAAAAUUGUAUAUAUGGGUAAUGAAACAUAUUUUGAUAUAACCAGGGACGGAUCAAGAAUUAUUUUAUAGGGGUACCAUACGCUGCUAAAUGAUUAUUCGGUAUAAGUAAUCAUCACACAAAUUACUUUUUUUCAAUAAUACUUACCAAAUAACAAAACAAACCUGACCAAAAUGUAAUCAUCAAAAAAUUACUAAAUUACUAAGUUGUAUUAUAUACUAUAGUCUAUAGAGUAUAGGUAUUGUAGACUUCAUUUUAAUCAUUCUUCUAACUAGUAAAUUCAUCUUUCUAUUAAUUUCAUUAUUAUUAUUAUUCCAUAAAGAUGAUAAUAAAUAAUGUUUUACUGAUAAAAAGGCCAAGAGGGUAUAUACCACUCUACUAUAUCCAUCCCUGUACAAAACAAUCCUAAAUCUGCUCGUUUAACCAAGCUACAUUUUAACUAAUCGAUGAAAACAUGCGUAAUAUAAUUUCCAAUAUAAAAAAAACCAGAAUUAUCGACUGACACUAGGCCGGUGUCAUUGUAUUAUUUAGCGUGACGCAUAAACUCAAAAGUAAACUUGAUCACAUUAAAUAAUACCCUCUAAACCGCAUCAGAAUACAAUAGAUUGUUUAUUACACGUGCUGAAAAAGAGGACCACAAGUAGAUAACUAAUCGAGGCAUAGUAAGGUGAUUUAUCAUUUACUUUUUAUUAAAACCAUGAAAGCUCGUCAUUUUAAAAAUAUAUUAUCCUUAUAACGGAUGAUUAACGAAUGCAUUGGUUUAGUGUCUGUACCUGUAUACACAUUUAGGUUUAAGAAUUUUUUCGUUUGAUAUUUCUGAAAAAACAAAAUAUUUUAAUAUCUACCUUUACCAUAUAAUAAUAUAGACAAACGAUCGAGUGCAAUCAACCAAUCGAGGUAGUCAGCUACAAGAUCGGUGUGUGCAAGGUGUCCAACAAGGGCAAAAGUUGUUCAACGACAUUCCAGUUGGUCGGUUACAACGAGAAGACUAACAUCAGUGUGGUGUUGUGCUUCCCUCAUUCGGGACGUAUGCACCAGAUCAGGGUACAUCUACAAUACUUAGGUAACGCAUCCAUUAAACUAUUGUUAUAUACUCUAAUAUUAGGAUUUUUUACGUUAAUUCGUCUAUUAAAAACUAACAAUUAACAAAAUAGUUAUUAAAACUAAAUUGAUCGUUAUAAAUAAAGACCUAUAGAUAAUAGAUAAGUCCUACAAGAUUGUGAUAAAAUCAGAUAUGUUGUAUGGUUUAGCGUGUUGAGCGGUAGACAGAAAAAUAAAGAAAAAAAUGAGUAUAGCAGAGAUGAGCAUACUUAAGUGGAUGAGUGGAGUGACGAGUGAAGUAGAAUAAGAAAUGAGUACAUAAUAUGUAGCUUAGCUGCGACUUCGAUAGUGGAGAAAAUGAAAAAAAUAAACUGAAAUAAUAUGAGUUUGAGAAAAGAGAUGCAGAAGAAGACCGAGAAAGUGGUGGUUGGAUACAAUUGAGAAUGAUAUGAGGACAGCGGUUGUAUGCAAAAACGAUAUGAGGGAUCGGGUUAAGUGGAAAUUUCGGACGAGGGUGAUCGAUCUUAAAUAGGUGGAAUGAAGGCGAAGAAAAAGAAACAAUCGAUCGUUGUAAAAUAUUCUAAAAGUGUGUUUGAAUUAUGUACACAAAAGUAAAAUUUUAAAAAAAAAUUGAUUUACGUCAGUAAUGUGACUCGUUGCAUUUCUUAUUGUUUGGCCCAAAACGUCUGAACGAAUAUGUUUAGCCACUUCUUCAAAACAGGUAUCUUUCUAGAUGUAAAUAAUUAUAUGAUUAAUACGUGAGCAAAAAAAAAAAAAAAAAAAAUUAAAUAAUUUAACACGCGCGCGCAAACUACACAAGGUUAGUAAUUUAACAAGAGUCAAUAUUCUUGCUCGGAUUGGUGGUUUUUCCCGUAAUCAGCUCAAACCUCUUAUUAUAUUAUUGACCGUAGUAUAAUUUCUGUUUUAGAAAUCCCUUUUCGUAAGUAUUACUCAUCCAACGGGGCAAGACCUUAUACCUUAUACCUUAUACCUUAUAAGGUGUGACGAUUUCGGCACAUAAUCAUAGCAUAUGGCAUCUUAUAUUAUUAUUGUAUAUAAGUGUGACAAUGUUUAUAGGUUAUCCGGUGAAAAACGAUCCUUUGUACAAUCACGUUGUGUUCGGACCGGACAAAGGCCGCGGUGGAAUUAUCGGCAAGUCCGACGAGCAGCUGAUCCACGACUUGAUAAACAUUCACAAUGCUGAAAACUGGUUGGGCAUGGACGGCGACUCGGACUUGAUGCCCAUAAUGAAAGAUGUAGACGUCGUCGAUGACGGGAAAAAGACACCGCCGGGUAAGGAGAUAAAACACAAUAAAUUCUAAAAUACUCUUACAAUAAAUAUGUAAAACUCAUGAACUGCCGAGAAACAAGUUUUUUUUUUUUCCUAUACUUGUUCACUUUUUCAAACGUUCUUAGUCGGUUUUUGUUUCACGUCUUUUUCUCUAAGGGAUUUACUUUAAUACCGUUAUCACGAUUUAGCGGCAUACAGAAAUUCAAAAAUUACUACAUCGAUUGAAUACACGUUAAAUAUUUUACAUUAAAAACGUUUUCCGAACAAUUGUGAAAGCAUCUUUUUUCUUCCUGGUUUUAUCAGGUCUUAUAAUAUUUUAUUUCCCCGAAGUAAACAGACUGACAAAACAAAAUUACGUUUAUGUUUAAAAAGUUAAUUUUUUUUCUCUGUAGUUUUCUGACAUACGUGUAAUUAAUUUUUUACACGUUAGUUAAGCAAGUCUGAAAAACGCAAAAUUGCAUUAAAAUCAUAAUGCAUUUACAUUAUAUACACGUUAAACGUUGUAAAAAUUUAAAACAGUGUUUUUAUAAUAUUUAACACGCUUAUAUAGCAAAAUAUAAUACGCUAGACCUUCAACAAGUUGUCCUAUUUAUCACACAAAGGUAUCAUUAUUUUUUUUAACGACUGUCGCCUAGAGUGAUUUCUAUUAACUACGUUUUUUUUUCACCACUAACGCGUUUUAGCGUUACGCUUUUGGAUAAUCUCCAAAAUCCGUGAGACAUAACAUGUAAUUACUUAUAAAUACGUGAAUCUUCGUUGUUGUGCCGAAAAAAAAAUAUGUUACUAAAACAAACGACUGUCUGGAUUGAAAAUCGUCUUCGCUAUUUCAUCAUAACUCACAAAUUACUAAGUUAUAUAGAAUUUAUAUAAUUUUAAAAAAACCGUGUGCUCAAACAACAAAUGAAAUAAUACUAUUAUUUGAUAAUUAUAUUACAUGACUAUACUGUUAGAAUAAUACAUAGUAAUUAUGUUCCUGUUUUUUUUUUUUUGUCAGAUAAAAUUAUUUAAAAAUGUUGAAAUUCAAUUUAAAUUUUAUCGGUUCGAAUAAGAAUACAUUAACAAAUAAACUUCAAAACUGAACAAUUUUGAAGGUAAAUAAUAUUAUUUUCUAAAUCGUUUUAUUACGAUAAAUCCGUGUAAACUUACGCGGAUUUUCAUUUUUUUUUCUUGACGAUACGCUAUUAUAAAUUAUGCAACGGCGCGUUGUGUAGGCAAUAUAAUAACUCUCGCGUGUGUAGCGCCAUAGAAAAUCCAAACAUUUUUUUAACCGACUAGUGUGGUUUAUUAUUAUUGUUCAUUCAAACGAACAGUGUAUUUACAAACCCUGUCCUAGUUUUCACCAUACACUAUAGUUUUAGGUUUACACUUAGGACGCUAACUUCCUUGGAACAAUAUCAAGUUUGGACCAACAUGCAGUAUGCAAUAUUUUUAAAUUCCUAAAACUCUUAAAAUCAACUCCGUUUUCGUCUUGUGCUGAAUUCAGAUAGAAAGUCUGUAAAUGGGGCUCAUCAUUUCAAUGCCAACAAUUAGUUUUCUGAAUUAGUAUUAAAUGAUUUAAAAUUACAUAUUAUAGAUUAUAUAAAAUAAUAUUUCUCGUAUCAUAAGAUCAACUCACGUCUCCUUCCCUACCUCUUGUAUGUUUACACAUCCGUAAUUCUAAAAUAAAAUUACAAAUGUGUUGAAAAUUGUUAAGUUAUUAAAAUUUAAUAAGGUAUUUUUGGAAAUAAUAUAAUACAUUUUUUAAAAACAAAGAACUUUAAAAAUUAAUUUGUAUGUUAGGUGGCUAAUUUGUAUGAAAGUUUGUGCAUUUGACUUUUUAAACAUUUUCUCUAAUAAAAACUUUGCCGAGACAAUUACGAAUACAAUAAAAAAAAAUCAACAAAAUCGGUCAAGCCGUUCUCACGUGAUGCGAUGACCAAGGGAAAUAGGGAAUCAUUUUUAGAUACAUAGAUGUAUUUAUUUAUAACAAAAAAAAAAAAAAACAAACAAACAGAUUAACCGUUUAAUUUACGAGAGAAUUAACUAAAUGCUUAAUUAAAGUAUUCCCACGGAACCAAAUAGAAACCCGAAAAUCGACUCCUCUCAGAAGCUAAAAGUUCCGAAUUUCAAUCGUGAGCCCCGUAUUGAAGUUUAAAAAUCCGUCUUCUUGAUGUUAUCUUCUGUUCACAGACAACUGAUCAAUCGUGUUCAAAAUUCUAGAUCUCUGCGUGAUUUUUUAUCAAUUUUAUUCCAUACUUCCGCCGAGUAUUGCCGUAUUAACUGUUGAGCGCUAUAGGCCCUGUACCUAGAGUCAUCAAGAAUAGACUAAAAUGAAAGAGCUUAUCCGGAAAACAAAAUAUUUUAUUUAUUUACAAUUAGCUAUUAAAUUUUAGGGCAAUGCGGUAAGGAGUGUAUUAUUAUUAUUAUUGUCGAUUACAGUGUCUCGUUAUAUGAUUAUAGUUACGUCACAAUAUAAUAUUAUGCAUUAAUAAUAAUAGUAGGCGCAGUCAAAAUAAACCGUAAGCUCGAUAAAAUUGUUUUCAAAAGUACGAUAUAAGAGUAUAUACUAUAUGAAAGGCGAUUUUUUUUUUAAAUCAGCCCCUAGGGUCUAUGGUCUACGGAUCCAGCUCGGAGUUCAAUAUCGUUUUUUUCGUUGAUGUUGGUCUUUUAAUUUCUUAAGAAAAAUUAUACAACCAUCUGUCUAGAAAUUUGUUUUCAACAAUGAACGCCUGCAGAAUAUUAACAAAAAAAAAAAAAAAAAAUAAAUAGAUUACAUAGAAUAUAAUAACUAUAAUUUCGUUAUCCAGUGAAAUUAUCAAUAGUAAAAUUUAAAUCAACUAACGAAAAAAUCGUUUGUUGUUUUUUCCGGCACGAAAGGUAUGAAAAAAGUCGAACCAUUGAUCGUCGAACAACGGCCACAGCCUCAGACAAAGGCUAGCCAAACGGUUCGUCCCUCAUAUGACCACGCGCUGAAUGCAUCCACGCAGACCGGACAGGACGGGCCGGACACGGAUUUCGACGAAGAAAAACUCACGCAAGAUCUUCACUGCUACGAGUGCCGUGUCAAAUUCAGGGACCCGAAACCGAAAGACCUCAUCAUGUUCUUGCACGCUUGGAAGUACAGUGUAAGUACCUAUAACGUUAACUCUACUUUGAACCACGUGGGUUAACCGAGAUAACGCGAUUUAAUCCGAUAUCGUGAUCGAGCAUCGUAAUGUUUACACGUUUAGCAUCUAUAUAUGCCUGUGUAGGUAACGGACAUUUCCUGAUUAAAUUUAAAAAACGUACUUGUAUAAUGUUAUAACAAUUAAGUGGCGUACCUAUACGUGUCAAAUGCAAUAACUGCAGCGCUGUCUUAUGGUCUAUUUUUGAACUAAUCAAAAAUCGACGGGUACGCGCUUUGGAUAUCCGGGGUAAGAAUAAGAAUUGUACAAUGUCCCUCUCACCAGCAGCAUGCGGGAAAGGGAGAGGGCGAUUCAGGAUUAUAUCCCUUCCCCCUCCUAUUUGCUGAAAAUAUAACAACUAUGCGUAUUUAUUUAGUAAUUUAAUCUCGAAAUUUAUAUUUUCCAAUCUUGAUUUAUUGAACAGAAAUUGGCACUUUUAGAAUCGGUUUGUCCGGCUUUUAGGCAUUUCCCAUGUAUCGGAUUAGAUACAUAUAGAAGAAUAUUCUACGACUUAUUGACGAUUAUAAAUUACUGUACGUCCCCUCAUGUUGAAAAUUUCUGGACACGCCACUGGCUCUACUACCAGGUCUACGCCUAAGUGAUUUGAAAUGUUCGAGUACCUAUAACAUUAUAUGUAUGCUCGGAACUAUUGACGUUAGAAAACGUAUAACAGAAGCAGACAAUAACAUUAAAAAUCGCAUGUUUGUGAAAAUUAAUCAACUCGAAAUAUUUAAAUUCACGAUUAUUUAUACGAUGUACGUAAUACAAACGUUAUUAAAAAAAAAAAAAAAAAAAAAAACACGUAUAGAAUUACGUAAUUGGUAGCACGGCGAGUAUAAUAAAAUAUAUUUCGUUUCUUUUGAAUACGAAACGUGAUUAGGUAUUUUUUUUUUUUAAUUUGUACAUGAAAUUCGUUCGUAAAACAAUCAUGCCCGUGGGAUCUCCGCGUUAAAAUCUGAACGUUCGCAAUACAAAAACGUUACAAUAUUUCUUAUUCGCGGCGUUUCAUUGCGUUUUUCUGGGACGCAGUGAACAGCGAGAAAAUUAUUAAACUCUCUGAAGUAUAUUUCGCGUAAAGUUCGUUGUGAAACGUUUCGAGCGCGUUUAUUGUGCAGUAUUUAAUAUGCCAAAAAGUGUUUCGUAAAAAUAAAAACUGUAAGAAUAAUUUCAAAAAAAAAAAAAAAACGCACAGUACCGUUUAUAAAUUACAUACCUAGGCCUUUCUUACGAAAAGAGGAGCGAAAAAAAAUAAUAUUUUUAACGGUUAUUAAUGACAAAUUAUUGUAAUAAUAAUAUUUUGUUUGUGUGCGUGUGUUCGCAGGGACCGGGUUGGAGUUACGAGACGGAACUGCCCGUGUGGGCGAACGUCGACUGGAUGGAACCGGAAUAAAUGCAGUGGGACAGCUGACCUGGGAUGAAUGACUCGAAACAAACGAAUUCGUAAUCGCAAACGCUUAUUCCGACGACGAUCGGUUUUUUUUUGUUAUUAUAAUUUUUUUUUUUUUUUUCGAGUAACAUUUAAGGUCCACUCUAUCGUAUACGCAAAUUAUUAUAGCAAAAACAAAAACAAACUAUAUUAUUAUAAUAAUAUUUUAUCUCCUCUGUGUUGAGUGUUGUAGUAUAUAUUACAUAAUAUUAUACUCGUACUUACUUUAAUAAUUCGGCAUAACGAUAAAAAAAAAAAAAAAA